UUUUGUGAUUUUAUUUGUGAAUUGUCGCAAGUUAAUUAAGAAAGAAGAAGAAUAAAGGGGCUCCGCCCAUAUAAUUUAGAGAUUUUUACACCUCAUGUCAAAAUUGACAUCUUUUUUACAUUUUUAUCAAUACACGGUUUUUUAAACUUUUUUAACUUUUACAUUUUUCAAUUUUACUUUUAUAAAAGUUUCAUAAUUACAAUUUUACCUUUUCCCUUCUUCCUUACACACGUACACGCACGCCACCUCAUAACUCCUUUCUUAUUUUUUUUUUUUGAAUUUUUCAUUUAUCUGAUUCUUCCACUCUUCAAACCGAGCUUCCCACGAUCACCAUUAUCAAGCCCUAACCCAUUUCUUCUUCCCACGAUCACCUUCUCCAAGCCCUCACCCACGAUCACGCCAACCUACAUUGUCAUCCUCCACUAUAUUUUUUCUAUAUAAAUGGCAACCACUAGAAGUGGUUCGAAAUCACCAUCUCCGGCGAAGAAACUUUCUAAAAAAUCGAAGAAGCCUCCAACUGUUACUUCCAAAGUCGAACCUAAGAUGGGGUUAAAAAAAAUUGCUAAAAAUUUAGUGGGUGAUGUUCCAGAGACAUCGGGCACUAAGAAAAGAGCCCUUCCAGUUAAGCCCGAUGCUCAUAAGACUAAGAGAGCAAAAAUUUCCAAGUCUGCACGCGAUGUUUCCUCAGAUUCUGAUUUUGAGGAUGAAGUGCAUGCUGAGGACCAAAAGCCUAAAGUUGAAUCGAAGGUCCAUGCUAGGACCUCAGUGAAGGUUGAAGGAUUUGACUUACCAAAGAAAAAUCCCGCUAAGGAAUGGGAUUAUAUUUAUGACCAGAAGAAUCUAUUCAUUGCGAAAGCCUAUUCGACUGCUACUUUCCAGGUGAUAGAGAACAUUAAGUCUUGUCUUUCAGAUGUACAGCUUGAAAUGUUUUCCAAAACCUGUUUUGGACAUUUCCUUAACCUUCCUGACUUUAAAGUUCAACCCCAAGUGUUUCAUGGGUUGUUGCUCCGGGAGGUUCAGCAACCUAAUGAUGCUGAGUUGUGGGUAAUGAUACGCGGUGUUAGGCUUAGGUUUAGCAUUGAGGAGUUUGCUUUGAUUACUGGGUUAGACUGUGAAGGUGACUGUAGUGUUUUAGAUUUUAAGCGUGACGUUAAUAGUCUUUGUGAAAAAUAUUGGCCAACUUCGUCCUCUAUCACUAAGGAAUCUGUUAGGGAAUGUUUUACCACCAAGAGGUGGGGUGAUUCUGAUGAGGAUGCUGUGAAGUUGGCAGUUUUGUAUUUUGUGGAGUGGUUCUUGCUUAGUGGCACUAAGCAUAAAAAUGUACCGAAGUCUAUUUUAGAUGUUGUAGAUAGUGGGAGGUACAAUGAAUUUGCUUGGGGCCGGAGUUCUUUUGAAUUGACUAUUUCCUCAUUGAAGGGUAAGCUUGAUAGUUGGGUUGAGGGGGUUAGGAAGGCAAGGAGUUCGGGAAAGAGGCCGAGUGUUUUUUACACUUUGAUUGGUUGUCCUCAUGUUCUUCAAAUUUGGUUCUACGAGUGUUGUAAGUACAUGAAAGGUAAGUACUGCCAAAAGGAAAACUCUCGUAUUCCAAGGAUCACUCAGUGGACAUGCAAUAGUCAGCCUACUUUCAAAGUUUUGAAGACUACUAUUUUUUAUGUUUCCAAAGAUAAGCUGCAACUUUCAAAUAUGAGGCCCACGGCUGGUGAGUUCAAAGCUUUGAAACUGAGCAGUUUCAAGUUUGACACUGACUACAACUCUUACAAGAGUCUUCCUGUUCCCGAAGAGCCAACUGUUACUCAGAGUGACAUUUCUGUCAAGCUUGAUGCUUUUUCUGAGAAAUUUCAUGGGUUGGAGGUCAAGAUCGAUUUGUUGCAUACUUCCCAACAGAAGAUUUCAUCUGAAUUGGUUGAGUUGAAAGAGUUUGUGUCUGCACAGUUUGUUUCUUUUGGUGCUCAGAUGGCUUCAAUGCAGACACAGUUUUCUACUGUUUUUGCCGAUUCCUAUGCCAAGGACAAAGGCAGUGACUCUACCAAUGAUGAUGAUGGAAGUGGUGAUGAAGCAGAUUUUGAUUUAAAUGAAUCUGAAGAAACUGAUGAAAAUGAAGAAGAGAAUGUUAUGGGUGAUGAAGAAGGGGAGGGUAGUGAAGGUGAAGAGAAGGAUGGUCAAGCUGAUGAAGAUUCUGACUCAAAAGAAAAAAAUGAUAAGGGCAGUGAUGAUAAAUCCACUGAUAGUGAGGAGAAGGUAGAUAAGUAGACAAUGUAACUAGGUUUUAGUUACUUUGUGUGGUUUACUUUGUUGUAAGUCCGUUUUAGGUUGUGGUCUUGUAAUUCUAUGUUCUUGUUAUGUUUUUUUUUUUUUUAAGAAAUUUGCAACUAUUUUUCAGACUAUUUAUUUGUAUUUAUUAUGUUAUUUAUAUGGCUGUGUUUAUAGAUUAUGUUGUUCGCAAUUUAUUGUUGGUCUUCUUAUUUUACUUGUUGUUUUUAUU